UUAGUUUUCUAUCUUUGUCUCGUUUUACCCCGCAGGUCAUCAUGUGCCUCGAGGGAAAGGACGGUCUGGCCAAACUGCCGAUGGCAUCGUCCCAGGAACUGCUCGAAGAGCUGGUCCGCACCGAGCUGGACUCGGAUGACGUUACCAUCGCCCUGGCGGCCGGUUCCAACAAAGGCGACAACUACAUCGGGGUGGUCUUCCGAGCCCAGGCCGAAUGCCGCCGAACGGGCAAGAAACUGAACAUCAUCGUCAAGCUGCCCCCGCAGAACGAAGCCCGGCGGAAUCAGUUUUUCGCGCGGCCCAGCUUCGAACGGGAGAUCAGUUUCUACACGGAAAUCUACCCGAUGAUGGCAGAACUUCAGCGCGAAAAAGGAAUCAACCUGGCGGCGGACGAAGGAUCGGAAGCGUUUAUUCAGAUUCCACACUGCUACCGGACCUGUUUGGUAGAAUUCGAGGAAGCGAUCCUGAUGGACGAUUUGAAAGAUCUCGGCUUCGAGAUGUUCGAUCGACACCAGGAGCAGAAGCUCGGACACUUUGAGCUGGUGAUGAAAACGUUGGGUCGGCUUCACGCGCUGUCGUUUGCUUUGAAGGAUCAACAUCCGGAGCGGAUAGCACCGUACAAGGACAUGGUGGAACUAUUUACAACAAAAGAAAAUGAUGCAUCGAUGGAUCAAUGGUUCAGCAUGCUGAUUACAAGGACGAUGGAAACUCUGGACCAGGAAAGCGAACCAGAAGUGUACGAGAAGACAAAGAAAGCACUGGACGGGAAUUUCUUCGACAUGAUCAAGGAGUUGACGGCCGGCAAGCUCGCAGAGCCAUAUGCGGUUAUCUGCCACGGAGAUUGCUGGAAUAAUAAUAUGCUAUUCAAGCAUGAGAACGGUAUCCCCGUGGACAUCCGCCUACUGGACUGGCAAAUAUGCCGAUACGCUUCCCCUGUGCUGGAUCUGAUGUACUUUAUCUUCACUGCAUCAACCAAAGCAUUCCGGGAUCAGCACUACGAAGCCCUGCUGAACGUUUACCAUCAAAGCCUGUCCGAGUUCCUGCGGCGAUUAGGCUCGGAUCCGGAGAAACUGUUUCCACGGAAGGCACUCGACGAACAGUUGCAAAGCUUCGGUCGCUUUGGACUGUUGAUGGCGGUAAUGUUGCUGCCGGUGAUUACCACCAAGAGCGAAGACGUGCCCGAUUUGGAAGAGAUGGCAGAGAAGAUGGAGAGCGGAGCGGACGUGUCCGUUGAAGUGCACAACUUCCGAUCGGAAUCUACCGAGGCAAUCUACCGGGAGAAGAUGAUCGGUUGCUGUCGAGAUAUGAUUCGCUUGGGGUAUAUUUAGAAGGCUUCCUGUUGCGUUAGCCAAGAAACAGUAUUUGUAUUGAACAGCACUGUUUGAGCGAUAAAGACCGAACAUAAACCUUGUAGAAUUAAUAUAUGUACCUAUCGAU